AUGUCUCGCGUCUCCUCCACCGCCAAGCGCUGCGCCGGCCCCUCCUACAGCGGCCACUACGGCUCCUACAGCUCCAGCCUGACCCCCGGCCUUAGCUCCUACGGCGAGCGGGACAGGCUGUCCACCUACAGGUCCCCCACCUCCUCCUCCUCCUCCUCCGCCUCCUCCUCAGGUUACUCCUCCUACCUGAGCAGCUCCGCCGUCCGCAGCCGCAACUACAGCACCUCCUCAGACCCGGACUGCGACCGAGGCCGCACCAUUCCACGCGCCGACCUCCUCGGGAGCAUCGGCAGCCGCCGGAGCGAGAGCCUCAGCAGAACCCCCGUCAAGAACUAUGGGGGCUUGGGGCUGAGCGGGGGUUCCUCCUACUCCGCCUACAGCUCCUACUCCGCCUCCCCGGCCCCGUCCAGCUACCUCUCCUCGUCACCGGUGGCCUCCAGUUACCUGCUCAGUCGGCGAAAAUCGGCGUCACAGAGCGACUUGAGCAGGGACUUGGCCUCUUUGGGCCUUAACGAUGCUUCCUCCUCCUCCUCGUCCUCCUCGAGCAGUGCCCUGCGAAGCUACCGCGCCCGGGCGGCAGCCGAGACCGACUCGUACGACCGGGGCUUACGGCCAGGCAUCUCAGGUCUGUCCCGGAGCUCCACCCAAGAGGCCUUCAGCAGCAGGAGCAGCCGAGCCUUCAGCUCGUCUGCGCGGGAGACGAGCUCCAACGGGCUGUCCGACCCCCCCGGCAGAGAGUCCACGCUGACCCUAAAGGCGCGUAUCGCUCCGCGGGACCAGAAAGUGGCUCGAUCGCCCCUCACGCGCGCUCUCCGUUCCGGGACAGAGGCAGAAGCGGCGCGUGACGUCGACCGCGGCACGGGCCGGAGGCGGCGAUGA